ACAUCGGUAAGUAAGGCGUCAGAAAUACACAUUCAAUAGAGAUAUCGAAGAAUGUUUUCCAAUGCACGUUCAGAAACUCUCUUUUUGGGAGGUGAGAAGCUAAGUGGUGACGAUGUCCGUGACCAGAACGUGCUUGCAACUCAAGCAGUUGCAAACGUCGUCAAAUCUUCAUUAGGUCCUGUUGGGCUAGAUAAAAUGUUAGUAGAUGACAUUGGAGACGUUACUGUGACCAAUGAUGGUGCCACGAUCUUGUCACUAUUGGAUGUUCAGCACCCAGCAGGUAAGAUUUUGGUGGAAUUGGCACAUCAGCAAGAUAGAGAAGUUGGUGAUGGUACCACUUCGGUUGUAAUCAUCGCUGCUGAACUAUUGAAAAGAGCAAACGAGUUGGUAAAGAAUAAGUUGCAUCCUACCACUAUCAUUACUGGUUAUAGAUUAGCAUUAAGAGAGGCAAUCAGAUUCAUCAAUGAAGUUUUGAGCCAGUCUGUUGAGUCGUUGGGUAAAGAAACUUUGAUAAAUAUUGCCAAGACCUCAAUGUCAUCGAAAAUUAUUGGUUCAGAUAGUAAUUUCUUUGGAGAGAUGGUGGUGAAUACGAUGUUGUCGGUGAAAACUAUGAACAAUGCAGGUGAACUUAAAUACCCAGUGAAAGCGGUCAAUAUAUUGAAAGCUCAUGGUAAAUCAGCAACCGAAUCUGUUUUGGUUGAUGGUUACGCGUUGAACUGUACUGUGGCAUCUCAGGCGAUGUUGAAAAAGGUAACCAAUGCUAAAAUUGCAUGUUUGGAUAUCAACUUACAAAAGGCAAGAAUGGCUAUGGGGGUUCAAAUCAAUAUUGAUGACCCUGAACAGCUAGAAGAAAUUAGGAAAAGAGAAUAUGGAAUUGUCUUGGAGAGAGUCAAGAUGAUAAUUGAUUCGGGUGCUAACGUUGUGCUAACUACCAAGGGUAUUGAUGACUUGUGCUUGAAGGAGUUUGUGGAACACAAGGUUAUGGCAGUCAGGCGUUGUAAAAAGGAAGAUUUGAAGAGAAUUGCUAGAGCGACGGGCGCCACUUUAGUGGGUAAUAUGUCCAACAUGGAAGGAGACGAGACUUUCGAAUCGAGCUAUUUGGGCUAUGCAGAGGAAGUCGUACAGGAAAAGUUCUCCGAUGAUGAGUGUAUACUUGUGAAGAGACCUAAGAAGCAUUCAGCUGCCUCGAUAGUGCUAAGAGGGCCUAAUGAUUACUCACUAGAUGAAAUGGAGAGAUCAAUCCAUGACUCUCUAUGUGUGGUGAAGCGAACCCUAGAAAGUGGCCAGGUUGUUCCAGGUGGUGGUGCUGUUGAGUGUGCGCUAAACAUCUUUUUGGAAAACUUUGCAACUACAGUUGGUUCCAGAGAGCAACUUGCUAUUGCGGAAUUUGCUACAGCAUUGUUGGUGAUACCUAAGACCUUGGCAGUGAAUGCAGCAAAGGAUGCGUCAGACCUCAUAGCCAAACUCAGAUCUUACCAUGCAGCAUCACAGCAAGUCUCCGAUGCAGACGUGAAGAGGAAAAACUACAAAAACUACGGUCUGGAUCUUAUUAAGGGCAAGGUAGUAAACGAGGUUACGAGCGGUGUACUAGAGCCAACUGUUUCCAAGAUCAAAUCUCUCAAGUCUGCCCUUGAGGCUUGCAUAGCAAUUUUGAGAAUCGAUACUAUGAUCAAUGUCGAUCCGGAGCCUCCAAAGGAGGACCCACACGCACACUGAUGCCUUGAUGUAUAUAUCCACAAUGUCUAUGUGUGUAAUCUUGCUUUACUCAUAUUAAAUAACCACAUAAAAACAGUUUAAAGUCGUA